UAAUUUCAUAAGAGCACUUUUUCAUUUUAUAUGGGUUUAUAUGCUUAGCUUUGUAAAUCAAACUAUUCAGUUCGUAUUUUAGCUUUGAGCAUAGUUAUUUGUUUUAAGACGGAAAGAAACUAUAAAACAAAAGUAUUUAACAAUUUCAGUGGAAAUUUAAAAUAGAGAAUAAACUUAAAACCAAAUAUAGUAGUGAAGAAUUUUUUUGCCAUGCAUUUUAUCGUCCCAAUAAUACUUACGGCUUGCCUAUCCGCAUUCGGCAUCAUCGCGGCAGAACGUUGUCCACAAUAUAGAUAUGUGCCGAAAACUCGCUUAAAACCAAAACAAGUUCGAGAAGAUUAUACGGAUAAAAAUUGGUUGGGAUUUGAUGUGAUAAAGACGCGAUACCGUAUGGAUUACGUAAAAGAAUACUACUCAACAACCGAGAUAUUUUGGGUUUGUUGCCCUGGCUACAUCGAAAGAGACUCCGUCUGUGAGCGGAUUUGCGCACCUAGCUGUCCCGCCAACAGUCGCUGCUCCGGACCGCAGCGUUGCAGUUGUAACUUCGGUUACAGCUCGACGACAUCCGAUCCUGAUAAAAUUGUUUGCAAGCCGAAAUGUCCGGCCGGCUGCCCGGCGAACAGCACCUGUACAAGCCCUUUCGAAUGCACGUGCGACCAGGGCUACGAAGAACAUGUCGACGGCAGUUGCCAACCGGUUUGCACAGCUCCCUGUCCACAACGUGCCAGCUGUGCAGCGCCAGAGACAUGUCGAUGCGCUGAAGGCUACAAACUAACCGUCGAUGGGCAAGAAUGUGUGCCGGAGUGCAAAAAUGGCUGCCCCUUGAAUAUGUACUGUCAAGCGCCAGAUCAAUGCGCUUGCCGCACUGGCUAUGUUCUAAAAACAAACCCUACGGAAAGCGCAGAGCAGACCACCGGCGUAGCCACGGAUGAGUGCGUGCCCGUUUGCAGUGAGGGUUGUCCGGCGCAUAGCCACUGUAUGGCACCGGACGUCUGUCGCUGUGAAGAAGGCUAUACAAUGCACACGCCAGAGGAGGAGGAGGCCGAAGGCACAACGACCAACAAUAGUAUGUGUGUGCCCGUAUGUGCAGAGCGCUGUCCGCUUUAUGCCAGUUGCAUGCGGCCAAAUCAAUGCGAAUGCGCAUCCGGUUAUCUAAUGAUUCACUUGCCGCAGCAUCGUCCCUAUUGUCAAGCGCAAUGUACGCAAAAUUGCAGCCUCAAUGGAAAGUGUGUGGCGCCAAAUGUAUGCCAGUGCUUCGACGGCUAUGAGCACGUCAAUAGCACAGCUACUAAAGCACACGCUCUCGAGCCCUAUUGUCAGCCGAAAUGUGCCAACGGCUGUCCGCAUGGCAUCUGCUUCGCGCCAGAAGUUUGUGUCUGCCAACCGGGUUACCUGAUGGGCGCGCAGGGUAUUUGCGAACCUGUCUGCAGCAAAGGGUGUCAACACGGACGCUGCAUCGAACCGGAAAUCUGUGCCUGCGAUGAAGGUUAUCGGCUGUCCGCGCAUGACUACAACAAGUGCGAGCCAAUCUGUCUGAACGCUUGCAUCAACGCAGACUGCGCUGCGCCGGAUAUUUGCUUGUGUCGCGAGGGUUAUGUGCCGCAUGAAAACGCAACUCAAGCGCAUAUUUGUAGGCCAGAGUGUGGCCAUGGCUGUGAGCAUGGCAUUUGCGUGGCACCGGGCCAAUGCGCUUGUGAACAUGGUUUUGAGUUAAACACAAGUGGGGAGAUGACAAAGUGUGUACCAAUUUCCACGACUGGUAUGACAACGGAAGCUGCUACAGAUACGACAGAAACAACGCCAGAUAUUUACAAAACAACCAUGGCUAAAGCUGCAACUGCAUUGAUAAUCUCUUCGACUGCUUACAACGAUGCCUGGUUCACCAAAGGUAUAAUUGCUGAGUCGCUAACAACGGUCGAUGAAAAGCAGAUUGCAGAAGCUCUAAUGCCAAAAGGCGAUUUGGAAGUAUGUAAGGACAGCUGUUAUUGUUGGUUGGAGGAGACCGUACAACAGAUGUGUUUUGAAAUUGGUCCUGUAGAUAGUGAGAAAUGCAUUGCUGAGCAAUAUUUGCAUUGCAAUGAGAUAGAUAAGCGGAUAAUAUACAGCAGCCCUGCGGAAACGAGAAGUUAUAUAUGCGGAUAUAAUAGGACUACAUCCAGACGCUUUAAAAACGCAAGCAACGAAGGACAAUUAUGGAUUCUGAUCGGCGGUGUUAUCAUUAUUGUUUUAAUGCUAAUUGCCAUCGUUUACUUAUGUGUGCGCAUUUAUCAAACGCGACAUGAAACGGGUGCACACGAUAUUCCUAUCAGUCUACUUAUGAAAUUUUAGUCAAUUAACCUUAACCCUACACCAUACAAAUAUUUUCUAGGAAUGUGGAAAAUCUCAUUUAUGAUUUAUGUAUUUAUAGCAUAAAUUUUAUACAAUGUCGGAUAUGAAGCAAUAAACAGU